AUGCGGAACAAGGUGAUGGGAAAAAACCAACUUGUCACCGAUGUGAGAGAACGGGCUCUCCCUGUAACUGGCAGGCUCUUCCAUCGGGAUUUCGCCAUGGAUCUAGUGCUAGUGCCCGGUAUGAUUUCGCAGAUGACCAGCCUUGGCUCCCUAUCGGACAUGGUCUGUGAGACCUUUACCCCUCUCAUCUAUUUUGCCGGGAAUAUUCCGUCAAAUGGGAUACUAUCGGCCUAUGGAAUUUCCAUUGAUGGUUACUGA